GCAGGGCGGGGCGCCGGCCGCCGCCGCGCAUCCCCUGUGCGCCCCACGUGCCGCCGCUGCCACAGCCGCCAUGGGUGUGCUGCCGGUGCCGGCGGAGGUGCGCGCCAUCCUGCUGGACAUCGAGGGCACCACCACCCCCAUCGCCUUCGUCCAGGAGACCUUGUUCCCUUACAUCAAGGACAAUGUGAAGGAGUAUCUGCGUGCUCAUUGGGAGGAGGAGGAGUGCCAGCGGGACGUUGGACUUCUGAGGAAACAGGCUCAGGAGGACUCUAGCUUGGAUGGAGCUGUGCCAAUCCCUUUGGAGAGUGGAAGUGGGGAAGAGGAGCUGGAGCGGGUCAUCCAGGCAGUCGUAGACAACGUGCACUGGCAGAUGUCUAUGGACAGGAAGACCACAGCACUGAAGCAGCUUCAGGGGCACAUGUGGCGGGCAGCCUAUGCAACUGGGCUUGUCAAAGGAGAGAUCUUCGAGGAUGUGGUUCCAGCUAUCCGGAAGUGGCGGGAAGCUGGGAUGAAGGUCUAUAUCUACUCCUCGGGCAGCAUUGAAGCCCAGAAGCUUCUGUUCAGCUAUUCUACAGAAGGUGAUAUCUUAGAGCUCUUUGAUGGCCACUUUGAUACCAAGAUAGGCCCCAAGGUAGAAAGUGAGAGCUACAGAAGGAUUGCUGCCAGUAUUGGAUGCGCCACCAACAAUAUCCUCUUUCUGACAGAUGUCCCUCGAGCCAGCGCAGCUGAGGAAGCGGAUACUCACGUGGCUGUGGUGAUCAGACCAGGCAAUGCAGGACUGACAGAUGAUGAGAAAUCCUAUUACAGCCUUAUCUCAUCUUUCACUGAACUUUUCCUGCCUUCCUCCACUUAGGGGAAGUGGUGCAUGCACAAAAGACUCUGCUUCACCUGAAUUGUCCUUGUGUAAUGUUAGGUAAUUUUGUCCAUAAUCAGAAUUUAAAACCAAACUCACAUCGUGUCUUGGAUCCACAACUAGUGCAGGCAGGUAUGGAUGGAGAUUAUGGUGUGGGGUUCCUUGUGCAUCAGGACAGAGGCCUGCAGCAGCCAGCUGGAGCUGGGAACAGGGAGAGGAACAGUAGUAUGAAUCCUGCUGUUCCUCCCUUUUCUCGGUUUAGGGGAUUCUUUCUUCAGACUCACCCAUUGAAAUCUGGUGCUGAGAUGCCCCAGGAGAAGCUCUGUCAUUUGUAGAAGCAGUCUACAAACAAGGUGUAUGUCCCCUUGUUCCAAAGGAACCUCUAGGGACCAUGCGGGCAUAUUAACUUUUUCCUGUGGACAGGGCUGAUGGCUAAGGCAGAGCUUUCAAAGGCGGGUUAAGAUGCCAAAGGAAAAUGCCAGCUGUGGGCUACAGUACAGUAGGUUUGGGCUGCCACAGAAAAAGCUAGCCCUUGCUACAGCCAAGUUCUUCCGGACAGUCUUGGCUAUAUCCAGAGCAAGUGUAGGUACAAAACAGGAGUUUAUAGAGCUAUGCAGCCAGCCUACAAGAAUAAAAUAGAGUAUAUAUAAAUACAGCUUUAAAAAUUAAAUUCUAGAUCCAUCUCACUGCUGCCUCAUGGUGCUGGAAUAUGGGAUCCUACUGGCUGCUUGACCAUGUUUCUGAAGUAUCUCCCUUAGCACUAACUUGUGGUGUUCCUUCUCAGUAGCAAACAUCAUACUGUUACAUGUUCAUAGCACUGGUCAGCUGUGAGCAAACCUUGACAAACAACUGCUCCUGAGGGGGACAUCAUGCUGUGUUUGAUGAGAAUGAAAACCCUGACAUUUUUAUCCACCCUAUCAAAAUUGUGCCAAUUUAUAUCAGAUAGUCAUGGAGCUUUUCCUAAUGCAGAAAUAAAAAACAUGUAUUUGCUUUCACUGUGUUCACUCCAUCCCAUUUAGCCUUCCUGUCUUAUCACCAGUGAUCCCAGCACCUAAAGACAAAUCUCUUGUUUCUUUUAAACCUAUGAGCACUGUGCUUUCCUGCUUUCAUCCUCCCUGGGCCUUUCCUUAAAGCAAUCCUGUCUUGCCAAGGAACCUUCCCAAUCAUCUUAGGGUUUUAGUAAGGGCUCAAUGGAGUGAGAGCCACAGCUAGGUUAUACCUAGCAAUAUUGUAGGCAGAGACAGUCUGAAAUCCCCAUUCACUGCUGCUGGCACUUCCUGUAUGGUGUCACUUGCUACUUACUUCUGUGCGGCUGUGCUUGAGCCUUUCCUUAGGGACAGACAAACUGUAAUACUAAUGGAUGUGGUGCCUUCCUGAGCUCUGAUCUGCACCUACCACUGCUUCUGUUGGUGGAGGCUGCUGUGUAAAGAGCAAGCAAGAGAGGCAUUCUGGGAGGAAACCACCUAAUGCCAGCAUUGCUUUUCUAAACCUUUGAUGGUAGCAGGUAAAGUAUCUAGUCUGGAUGCCCUUCUGGGCUGUGUAUUAUGAUCCUCCUCUUAGAAAGAGCCUGCUAAUUAGCACAGUGGCAGUAAGUGUAUGUGCAUGGCUGAAUAGUCCCUGCCUUCCAUAAGGGAUUAACUGUAAUCAUGACACUGUAAAUACUCAACUUCUGUUUUGUCUUUACCAUCAGCAAGCUAUGCUUUGGGUAGGGGACAAAAAUAAAACUCACUUUCUUCAUAAAA